CUGUGCAGCAGAACCUGCUCCUCGGUCCAGCGGUGUGUUCACUGUCUUCUCUCCCCGGCUCUGGCAUCUUUAGUGUCUGCAGUCUCUGGUCGUCACCUGUACUGUGUCCGCAGUCUCUGGUCGUCACCUGUACUGUGUCCGCAGUCUCUGGUCGUCACCUGUACUGUGUCCGCAGUCUCUGGUCAUCACCUGUACUGUGUCCGCAGUCUCUGGUCGUCACCUGUACUGUGUCCGCAGUCUCUGGUCGUCUCCUGUACUAUGUGCGCAGUCUCUGGUCGUCUCCUGUACUGUGUCCGCAGUCUCUGGUCAUCUCCUGUACUGUGUCCGCAG